ACAGCACAGCACAGCACAGCACAGCACAGCACAGCACAGCACAGCACAGCACAGCACAGCACAGCACAGCACAGCAGAAGAGGCAAGGCAAGGCAAGGGAGGGAGGGAGGGAAAGAGGAUACAAGAGAAGAAGAGAGAAGAGAGAAUGGAAUGAAAGCGAGCGAAUGGGAGGAACGAGAUUCAACAGCGAACAGGAAGAAGUCCAAGUUUCAUCUACUGCUCAGAGUCGUCCUCACCCUUUUCCACUCCAAACCUUCGUCCUUCUACGCCCUACUGCUCCCCUUCGCUCUAUCCUCUCCCUCCACAUUCUCCCUCGCUUCUCCUUCCUUCUCUCAUAAACCUCUCACAAGUACGCGAGUUUGA